UGCCCUUAGACUGCUAUAUAUUUGCAGAACUGGUUCUUUUAAAAGCUGAGGGAGCUCUGAAGGUAUCUGCAGUAAAAGAUGGAAAAGUAUUCUAUUCUGGUUGGCCUGCUAAUAGCCAGCAGCUUUUCCUUCAUUGAAGGAUGCAGGGAUGGACUUCUGGAGAACAUUGAUUUUCCUGGGACAGACAUAACCUUCCUUUACUCUCCUUCUGUUGAGCACUGUCAGAGGCUGUGCACAGAGCACCACUCAUGCCUCUUCUUCACUUUUGUCCGACCCGACUGGACCAGAGACAACAGGCACUUUUACUGCUACCUUAAAACCACCCCGUCUGGAGAUCCAGCGUCCCAAAUUCCUCUUCAGGGCGUCACCUCUGGAUUUUCUCUAAAGAACUGCAUUUUUCCAGCAAGGCCUUGUUUUUCUCAGGUGUUCCAAAAUGUGGACUUUCUUGGGGCAGACUACAGAGCCUUGUUCACGCCUGAUUAUCAGGAGUGUCAGAGAGUCUGCACAAAGGACCCUGGCUGUCAGUUCUUUACUUUUCUAAGCGUGGAUUACUCCAACCAGGAUCUCAGGCUGAAGUCUGUUUCUCCUGAACACUGUCAGGUCCUGUGUUCUGCUAACCCACAGUGCACCUACUUCUCUUUCAGCAGUGUCGACUUUAGUUGUUAUUUAAAGAAUAAUCUAAGCGGCUUGACAGCUACACCAAAAAAAGGAACCACAUCAGGAAUACCUGCACGCUUCUGUCAGCUUGAUGAUAACUGGGUCAAGCAGCUUUACCAAGGUGUUGAUUUCCGGGGCUCUGAC